AUGAUCCAAAAAGUGACGAGAAGUUUAAAUCUUCACAUAGAAAAGUUUCCGCCAAGCAUGGCCACCAGGUGCUGUGUGGUGACCGGCUGUCCAGCAUCCAACCAGGACUUUGGCACAUUUCUAUUUAGCUUUCCAAAGGCGCCGAAACUACGCCAACAGUGGAUCGAUGCUUUGGGGAAACCGGAAAGCUGGAUCGUCCCGGAGCCGGCCUUCAUCUGUUGGAGUCACUUCGAUAGCCGGGCCAUCCAGCAGGAUGAAUCCGGGUUUCGACGCACGGCGGACGCCGUACCGUCAAAGUAUCUGAACAAUGGCCAACUGGAGUACAACUCAGACUACUAUUGUCGGUUCUGUGCCCGAAGGCUGUUCAGUGAGCUGAUGGGUAAUAGUAUUGACGAGAUGAAUCGAUCGGUUGAUGGUAGGAAGUUUCUUGGCCUACUAUUACCUGAGGAGGAAAGCUGUGAUUUAUCCAAGUUGGCAUGUGACGAGUGCAUCAGGCACAUUCAGCUGACGAUGAGAUUCAUUCGAAACUGUGCAAAGGCAACUAAGGAAUUGGAUGACAUUGCCAAAUUCCGCUCCGAAAGGAACCUGGUGCCUGCCAAAGAGGAAAUCAAAACCGAGCUGGAUGAAUUUGGAGAAAUUCCACUGAACGAGAGUCUCCACUCGGAGGUGAAAAUCGAAGCAUCGAGCCUAGGAGGCGACGAUUUUGCCGACUCAGACGAUGAGGAUGAUGAUGAUGUUCCGCUGGCAGUGCAGUUCAAACAAGAACUCAAGGAAAAUGAUUUCAAAUGUUCAUACUGUUCGUUUAGUAGCAAGAAACGGAUUCAACUGUCUAGUCACAUGAAGAAGCAUCGAGACUUG